AUUUGUGUCAGUUCGGGCAUCCAAAAGACAGAGCAUGCAAUUAUCAUUCGUAAAAACCCAUGACGGUGUUGUCACAAGUUCCUGCGGAAUUGCGAAAUGCACUUUCUUAUUAAGACUUCUUCGUCCUGACCCAUCACGAACGUCAAUGAAGGUACCGCACGUUACACAGUACCGUGAGGUGGUCAUCGGAUAGAUUUCAUUCUCGGUUCUUCUUUUAGACGUUUUAGUGAACGUUAGUUGACACUUCCUCAUCGGUGGGCUCAUUUCUUCGCAGCCAGCAGGCUUAGUCGUUCACUGCUUCUUCGAGCCGUCCGAAGCUUCAGCAGGAACUUGGUGUGUCGGUUUUUCCGCUGUGGAUUGUGCGGUUCGGUUCGAUUCAGAAGACUGUUAACCGGGGGUAUCUUAUCCGGCAGGUUACGUGAAAAUUGAUUUUUGAAAAAAAAAUGAUAUAAUCUGUGUUUUAUAGGCAAGGAGUUUUUAGCAAUAUAAGAAUGGAGCUGAAAUACAUCAUUCUCACAAUCAUCAAAAUACUGAUAUCAGUUCCAGGCAAUUUCCAUGUAAAUGCGGCUGCUAUGAUGGGAGGAUAUAUGGAUAAUAGUAACAAUACCCAUGACUUCCUAAAUAUUCCAAUUGACACAGAUGGUGGCUUUCAUAGAGACGAAUCUUUGAAGGACCGUGCAAAAGAAGAGAACCAUUCCAGCACCAUGGCAUCUUCAAGUGGUUCCGAAGAGAUUCCAGACCCAUCCCCUUUAGUUAUACCUGGAUACAACUUGCCAGAGAAUAUUUUCAACAAAGGAAAACCAUUCUACAUGGAAAAAGAUCCAGUGACGGGGAAUAUAGAUUUCAACAACAAAACCUUGUCACAGAUAGAAGACGACUUCUAUGAUUAUUCAGAUGAAGAUACAAAACAAUCCGAUAACAUUUAUGAUAAAGCAAAUAUAGAUCGAAAAGAUGGAAACAUAGGUAGCCAUAGGCCUAGCGAUAUCAAUCAACUUUCACCAAAUUUUCACGACUUCCUGAAUCUCCCUAUCAAAUAUAACCCUGAUAAAUACGUAUAUCCCUUGAUAUCGAGCAGCUAUGCAAACACAAAGGUGCAAGGAAACGUAAAUAAAUACCAUAAUCACAAAACUCACAUAACUAAGUAUCCAACAUACAGACCAUCUAACUCUUACAGUUCAUCCUCCAAUUUACAAAACUUUUUCGAAUAUGAGGAUACCAGAACUUCAACCACAACUACUACAACAAAUGCCCCUCCAACCACAAAAAUACACAAACCGUCUUCCAAACCCGUCAGUUAUUCCAGUUUCAGCGAGGAUUUUUCUGAUGAUUACUACAGUAAUUCCGAGAAGGGCAAAGACGAGUAUGAUGAUCAACCUGAAGACGCUUAUCAAACCACUCCAAAAAUAUCUGAUGUCUUCCUCACUACCACAUCCAUACCUCCAGUAACUACAACUAGGAAAAUAAUUAGCUUAUUCGAUCAGCUAUUUGGUGAAUAUGAUGAAACUGUUUCGACUUCAGAAAAAACUAAGUCUCCAUCGCUCUUCGCCAAUCUGCCUUCUAACAAAAUUGUGAAUACCCAAGCCCCUAAGCGAGAAUUUGAUACUACUACUGAAUCUGAAAUAAAAAUUCCAAAUGUUGCAACUGGUUCCAAGAUGGAAAUGGAGAAUUUCUAUGAAGAAUAUGAUGAUUACUACUAUAAUAACCCAAAAAGCUCAGAAGUAUCCUCAUCAAGUACUGCUGCUUUCACGUCGCCCUCAACAACAACCUCUACCACUACAACUACUACAACAACUACAACGACCACAACAACACCCCCUCCAACAACUAUAAAAACCACGAUUAAACCUCCAACGAUAUAUAAUUCUCACAGUUACAUGGAAUCUUUCUCCCCGAUGAUUCCCUCAACAACGAAAGAAUUAUUAGAUGAUUCAAAUCCAUCUUCGAAGGUGACGUCUUUACCACUAGGUGAAAAUCAUGUAACAACUCCCAAAAUUCCCUCCUGGCCUGCCAACCAACAGAUGUCGGACUCCAGUGAUUACCACCCAAUAAUAAUUGCGACCCAAAACCUACGCGACCAGCUCAAUAACGAAAGGGUUGUGCCGAAGCCUUUCUCUGUACAUACCCAAUAUGCUCCCAGUUCUAGUAGCAUUCAUAUUGCACCAGACCAGGAUACAGUUUCAUUCGUUGUAGGUCACCAUCAAAAAACAGAUGGAGGUUCAUUUUCAACAAUUAAUUCUCAAGAUGACUAUACCUCUAAUUUUUUCCAACCUUCUUAUGGCGAAGGUUCUUACGAAAAUGAAGAUAUAAUAUACAAAAACUCACCGGACACUGUUAUAUUCCAACAACCACAAAUGAAACCACAUCAUGAGGUGAGUGGAAGUGUGGUUACAAUACAGACACAGACCAAUUCAGAAGCUUCGUUGUCCAUUGGAGUACCAAUCGAAAACGUUAAGAAGAUCCCUGGGAAGGUUAUGGAUGCCACAUUGGAUUUGGGUGAUCAAGUGGCAGAACAAUCUUCGAGUGGCUCAAAGGUGGUGUUUCCGAAUGAGAAGGAAGUAUCAUUAACUAGUCUGGUUCCACCUUUAUCAACAUCAAAUCCCCCAGUAGCUCUGUCAAAUAAAGAAGUUCUCAAAUUGGCUUCUAAACCUAUGUACCACCAGCUACCUAGUGAUUUAACACCUCCUAAAGAAAAAGAAGGUAAACAUCCAAACCGAAUGGAAGCUCCGAGACCACCAUGGGACCCUCGACCAGGACAUUUCUUCAGUGGAAAACUAGAAUACUCCCGACCUCCUCGUCCAUUCCCUGAUGUAGCGUUCAAGCGGAUAGACACGUUACCUAAUAUCCUUCCACAAUUUCGGCCUAAUAUGAAACCACAUGGUCCAGUUAGUGGUUUGCAUCAUCAUCCCCAUGGAAUCCACCGAGGCCCAUCUAAUUUCUACGACAAUAGGUUGCACAGGGAACCUCUGCUAGAACGACCUUCGAAUCGUCCAUUAGAAUUUUACGAAAAGUUACAGCCACCUCCUUUACCUCCGAAGAAUCUGCAUAGUUACAGGAAAAUUCCUCCUUUGCCCCAAGUACCACAGCAUUUAGAACAGAGGACGCCAAUGGCGCAGGAUAGAAAAGGUGAAGAGUAUGUUAGGAAACCGCCCAUGCUAUCGAAAAAUAUUUUAGAACCACCAAAAGUGAUGACAAACUUGAAGAAACAGGAUGGAGCUGUUGAAACAUUACAGAUGCUGCAAGCCAAACAAUCUGAGAAAAAAGAAUUGUAUCAAGAACCGGUUAACAGCAUAGUCCAAGAAACGAAUAAGACUGACAAACCCGUUUAUGUUGUUUACCCAGUGAAUACUCCCCCUAUAAAACUAGAUGUGAUAGAUUCCAACAAAAGGGAGAGUGUUGUGAUUGGUACAAGAGCAGAGCUCCCGCUACCCCCGUCAGAAAUAAACAAAGAUUUCACUCAAGAUAGAGACCCAAUCAUUGGCGUAAUUGAUAGGAACGAUGCGCCUGUUCUGAAACCUCAGUCGAGACCUCCAGUUUUUCCUAUGAAGUCUGAUUUCCCGUACCCCCUCGAGAGGCCGGAUAUUUCUGGACUUCAUCCUGUGCCGGAUGCUUCUAAUAACGGAAUCGGAUCAGAAGACAUUUCCCAUCCUGAAAUCGAGGGAACCUAUUUGUCUAAUAAUCAAUGGAAUACCGUGGAUGGCAGCGUUGAAUCGAGAAUUGUCACUGGUAGUAAAGUGCACAACCAAGUAUUCGCAGAAAAGCCAAUAGCUGUCGCUUACACCCCAACCGAACCUCCACAGCAGGGUGUUCGUAACGACUAUUUCAACCCCUCAUCAUCCGAAUCUCCAGGUCCUAAUGUUUUCUUCGUUUCCGCUAACCAGGAAACCGAGAAAAAUCAUAAAACUGAGGCUAAUUCACAUUCUCUAUCCAAUCACCGAAUUGAAGAUAAUAUCAGUGAUAAUAUGAAUGUGAGAACUGAACAAGACUUUCAAGCUCCCUUCCAAGCGAGUGUUAAAGUGGAUUCGCCAUCACAAGGAUGGUCGGUGAUAAGAAGAAGCGAUGCAAAGUUAAAAAAUCCCGAAGAAAGUGAAACAACCACUACGAUUCAAGCUACUACGAGCGAAUUCGAUAUAGAAAAUUUCAAACCUCAACUUGAAGGUGGAUUCAGGCCAAUAUACACGUUCCGAAGUGAGGAUGCUAACACCAAAGUUGACGAAAGACAAGAAUGAUUAUCUCUCGUAAAAUGAAGUUGUUUCAAUUUAGCCUUUUGAAAGUUAUCUACUCGCAUAGAUAAUUCCUCGAUAAUUUCGUUUAUUUCAACCUGAAUCGAGUUGAUGCAAUAUAUAAGACUGAUUAUAGCGAAAGUAGUAUUUUAUACUGCUUUCAAAUAUUUCUGUCGAAAAGAAAAAAAAUUGCCAAUCGAAAAAGAUAAUAAAUUUCCCUUGUGUGGAGAUAUGUACUCUUUUUGUUGGAAAAGUUACCUCGUGUAUUUCUUAUUCUUCGAAGACGAAGCUCUCUACUACAAAAUAUAUAAAAUAUAUAUAUUUUUGUUUGAAUUGGGUGUUAUGUAACGCAGUAAGCGAUUCUUGGUAAACUUUAUCCGCUAGUUUGAUAGUGCUGUUAUGAUGAAAGAUUAUGAGACACAGAAAUUAAUAUUUCUGAAGGACUGGGUAUUUUCAGCGGGAUCGCAAAAGCCAAUUUGUCUUUCCCUCUGAAAAUGGGUCAUCGAAAUUUAGGGCAGGAGAAUGGGAUUCUAUUAUAAGCAAUAAUUAUUACUCUAUCCAAUUUAUAAGGGUUAUACAAGGUAUGAGCUCAGUCACAAAUUAAAUGUAAAAGAAAUAGAAAUAGCAUAUUUUAUAAUAUUCUUAAUUACAUUAGAAGGUUAUUUAUUUAAUUUAUUAUUAUUUAUUUUAUAUCAUAAUGUACAUAUUUACCAUGAUAAUCUUUUAAAAGAGAAUGUUCAUUUGUAAUCAUAUUGGUCGGUUUGCGAAUCGAAUAAUAAAGAAAAAUUGAAAGGACUCCUUUCGAAUUCCUGUAUUUUCCUUAUUUCCAUGAACAAAAUGCUGAACGGGACAGAAAAAUCAUCGAAGACUUUUACAUAUUCGAAAAGAGUAACUUUUCUAGCAAUAAAUUUCCAACCUUCAUGGAUCUGAGUGCAAUCGUUUGGUCUUGACGAAUUUUUUUCGGAAUUUUCUGUCUGAAUAACAGUAAUAUUUUCUUCUGGUUGGGGGUGAAAGGAAAAAAAGUUCUAUUCAAGCUCUGACAUAAGGAUUUGUCAUAUAGUCUCGUUUAAUCUAACAUGAUUGACUUUACUUUAAAGACCUCCUCUAUCGAUAAAUUAUC